ACCAGUAACACUUGCGAGAAACAUUGACAACUAACACUUACCAGUAAUACUAAUCAUUAACACUAUCAGAAACACAGACGAGUAACUAAUCAGUAACACUGACAAGUAAUACUGGUAACUGACUAGUAACACUUGCCAGUAACACUACUAACCAUUUAUACCAGUAACAGUGACAACUAACACUAACCAGUAAUACCAGUAACAAUGAUAAAUAACUAACUACCGUUAGUAACACUUCCCAACAACACAAAAUAUUAAUUUUGGUAAAAGUGGAGCAGACAGCAAACACCAGUUGAAUCGAGGCGGCCGAGGACGUGGAGGGAUGAUGGGAGGUCGGCGGGACUACACACCAACAUCCUGGAAGAAGUACUGGGACAGUAGUGAGGACGUCACCCUGGAAGGUGAUAUUUUCCGUGUGUACAAGCGUGGCACGGCAGGUCCUCUGUUACUGCUCUUACAUGGCGGGGGAUAUUCAGCUCUCACCUGGUCACUCUUUGCUGAGAAUGUCAGUGAGAUGGUGGAGUGUCAGGUGAUGGCCAUUGACCAGCGUGGACAUGGGGACACUCACACCACAGAUGAUACGGAUCUUUCUGCUGAAACACUUGCCAGUGACAUUGGUCGAGUUGUAGAGGAGGUGUAUGGGCGUCAGCAACCACCAUGCGUGCUCAUCGGCCACAGUAUGGGUGGAGCCAUUGCUGUCCACACUGCAUACCAUGGAUAUGUUGUUGGUCUAGCAGGUUUAGUGGUAAUAGAUGUAGUGGAGGGGACAGCCAUGGAUGCCCUCAGCUCUAUGCAGAGUUUCCUCCGUGGCCGCCCACAGAACUUCAAUUCACUCCAAAAUGCUAUUGAAUGGAGUGUGCGCUCAGGACAAACCAGAAAUGUUGAAGCAGCCAGAGUAUCAAUGCCAGGACAAGUGAAGAACACAGAGACUGGUUGCUGUGGAACUUGUGAUGUGGAGUCAUCCAUGGACUACAGUAACCAGAACCAGGAGACUGGGGGCACAGUACGAGCUGAUGUAAUCCUUGAGGAAGGUAGUGACUCUGAUACAGCUCAAGCUAACCAGCCAACACCUGCACCAACAAUACCCAAUGAAAACAAAUUACCGGUAAAGAAAUAUACAUGGCGCAUAAACCUUGGAGAAACAGAGAAAUUUUGGUCUGGCUGGUUUCAUGGGUUAUCAUCAAAGUUCCUGGCAAGUCCUCCCUCAAAGAUGUUGCUGCUUGCAGGCAUCGACAGACUGGACACUGACCUCACUGUUGGGCAGAUGCAAGGAAAAUUCCAAAUGCAAGUGUUGCCACAGUGUGGCCAUGCUGUGCAAGAGGACACCCCAGACCGUGUGGCUGAGGUGCUUGCUACCUACCUCCUCCGACACAGGCUCACCACUCCCAAAGCAGAUUUCCAUCGAAGUUUUCCUGCUUGCUGAUGUAAACAUGAAGACGAUUGUGAAGAUUCCUCUCGAAUAUUCGAGUGUUUGUGUUACCCAAAUAGUGUAACUGGUAAUAUACUUGUGCAGUGGGUAGUAAUGUUGUAUUCACCCAACACAUAAAAAGGUAAGGACAUGUGCCUAGUAAUUGAUCGUAGAUGUGCAAUUUUUUUUUUUAUAUGGUGUUAUUAAAUCAUACCUGUGACAUACAAUAAGUGUAAAGGUUAUUUUUUAAAUGUCUAAUUCUUCAUAAAUUUAUGUGUCCUUGUACAGUAUAUACGGUAUUUGUGUGAGGUCCUUAAUACUGAGGAAAUCUAUCAGUUGCAGAAAAUUUUCUCACAAACAUUGCAGCUCACUUAGAUUUACUAUACUGUAGUAUAAAAAUGAAUUGUUAUUUGGUCUUAACAAAAUUGCUCAGGGUUGGGAAAUAUUGGUGAGUGGUUUAUACCCAGUAAAAUAUAUUGAUUUGAAGCCUUCAGUAAAGUGAAGAGGUAUUCUUUAUAACCAUUAUAAAUUUUUUAUCAAUAUUAAAUGAAAAGUAAGUUAUUGCUCUAUCUUGCUACCAGUAACUUUUAGGUAAAUUACAUCCCAUUUAUAGAUACAACUGCAGCUAAAAAAAUCUAAUUUAUUUUUUAAUACUGUACAUUUGAUUACAUGUGAGAAGUGAACAUGACCUGGCAUCUCGGGGAAAUUGAUGAUGUUCCUUUGCUGUUUAUAAACUGGGAUAGAAUAUUUGAAAGAUAUAUCUUCAGUUUGAUUUUGGGGUACAGUCCACCUCAGUAUGUCCCAAGUCUCCUGUAAACUCUUGUAAGUUUGCAGGAUUCACAGUUACUCAAGAUCAGUAAUUUAAAAAUUGUAAGUUAUUGUUUUAUGUCGUUUCUUAAUAUGAUGUGAUCUUAAAUGUUUUUUAAGUGAUUUUAUAAUAGAGGUAAAAGGAAUUUUUUUUUAGGCCAUAUGAAGGACAUUCACCUAUCCACGACAGACAAUAUGGCUUUAUAAUUGACAGAUCUACUGGGCUCUAAUUACCAUAAGUACUGGACACAUAAAAGAUACUGUAUAAUGAACAUAGGAAAAACAUUAGAUACGACUUGUAUAGACUGUGAAAACAUUCAACAAGGUGCUUCAUUGGAGUCUGCUUAGUACACUCAUUAGCUGUAAUAGUAUUACCAGAAAGACACACCAGUGGAUCUCAUUCUUCUUUCUUGAUAGACAGUUAAUGUAAAUGGAUUCUGCUCCAGUUGGGUUACUGCUAAGGCCUGAUCUUAUUCACCACAUACAUCAUUGACUUAACUGAUUGUACAGUAUAUCUUCUGAGGAGGAACUUUUCAUGGUUCAAAGAGGUUGCAGCAUGAAUGAUCAAUUUAAAGUUACUCCAUUUUCACCCAGACAGACUGCCAGGAUAGGAGAAAGAAGCCAUGAAAUAUAUUACAUUGAGAAUGCACAGGUUCAGCUAAAAAGACCAGAAGGAACAACUUGGUUGUUAUGGUUGACAGUACACUGUCAUUUGAAGGUUUAAAUGAGAGUCAACAAGGUGAACUAGAUUGGUCUGAACUAGUUGUCUUUCACUCUUUGAUGUAGAACAGAUAGUCACACAUCAAAAUGUGCUAAUUUUAGAGCAAACUUUAUACAAAUUAAGCUAAAUAAGUUAUUAUGUACUGUACAGUUACAUAGCUCUUGAGUAUAUAAAGUAGUAGUGCUAGAGCCAUCCAUACUAAGUGUAUGUAAAUGCAGGAUGGUAUGCAGAUACUGUUUGGCAUUCCACACAGUGAAAUACAUGCAAACAAUUUUAAGAAUUAAGAAAGGCAGUGAAGCUGGUUCUCAGGUUAAGGAACUUGAUCUAUAAAGACUGUCUUGGAAAGCUCAAGAUUCCAACCACAGUGUACCAUGGAAUAUGUGGGAAUAUUAAUAAUAAGUUUCAAGAUAAUGCAAAAUACAAAUGAAGAAAAGUGCCUUGAGAUUUAAACCACACAAGAGCAUUACAAUAGGGUCUUUUAAGCUGCACAGACCAGACUGAGGCAUAACUACCCUGUAAUAAUAAUACCCUGUGUGUAUUGUAGAAGUAUGGAACAGCCCACUUGAAUCAAUUGUCACAUCUCCAAACGUGCUAACAUUCAAGAGAUGAUUUAUGAGAAUAAGGAUUUUUAAGAUACAGUACAGUAUUUUAUAUAAUUACAUAGCCCUGAGUAUAUAUAUUAGUGUCACUAGUCUGCCUGAUUUACUACUAAUUAUUGUCCUGCAUUGAGAUGAAAAUCUAAAUAUACAGGAAUAAUGUCUGUCCGUAAUACAUACAAGCAGAAGCUGAUAAAGAUAGGCAGAAUAUAGCAUGUAUGAUCACAGUAUUUAUAUUAUGCAAAUAAGGUAAUUAACAUUUCCAUGUGUACUCUCAUCAUCUUUUGUUAUCAAAUGGAAAAUUUCAAAUGGUAGAAACCAUUGUAUAAAGUUAAUUUUAAAAGUAGAAUACUAAUGUAACAACAUCACAUGGAAGGAAAGUCUGAUUACAGUACUCUUAAUUCUAGCCACUCUGUACCAUAGCUGCAUAGGACUUACAAGAGCAAAAAUUUAGUAUUUUGGAGUACAUUUUGUCUUAUUAAUGAAAAUAAAUUAACAUGCAAGGGCAAUUCAUUAUUCAAAAUGAAUUUCUGCCAUGGAAGAGUAACUUCAAAAUUCAAAUAGGCCUGAGGCAUCUGGUUUUGCGAAGAAUAUAGUAAUCAUGGGGCUUGAGGGAAUACAAGUGAGUCAUUAGCCAUUCUCCUGCUCACUGGAAACCUGGAUUGUUCAGUUUUGUGAGGCAAGUAUUGUUUUGGCUAUUUAACUUCUUUUUUGGUCUGUGGUUUUGACUAUUUUGACCUCAGGUUUUAUCAGGAAAGUGUCACAGUUGUCACACUAUUUUUUACCUAUGAUAAACACAUUUUCAUUUACAGUGGAAUUUAAAAUAAAUUUGGAUAACAUGUUUAGUGUUUAAAACAUUAUAAAAGAUGGUACCCCUGUGGUAGAAAUAUUGGAUUAGUUUGCUAAUCAUUCUGUUGCACAUGGAGAUGCUUUGCCAGCUUAUAUAGGUUAAUGGAAAGUACAAACAUCGAGCUGUAGUUUCUACAGGCUUUAGAGCAAGUAGGAUUUUAACCAGAGCCUUCAUGUGUACAAAUUAUUGAACUGAAACUUCAUAUGGAAUCCAUUUUUGUGCAAAGUUUGCAGAGAGAUUUCAUUUCAUUAUUAAAUUUAAAAGAAAUGUUUAUGGUGAGUAUCAUUAGCUACAUAUGAGGUAAACAUACACCAGUAUUGUACAGUACAGUAUAUUCAUAAAAUAAGAGAAUUUAUUACCAUGUCCUACAGAUUUUUUUUUAUAGAGGUACAGCAUUACACUCACUUUCUAUACAGUACACUUGGAAUAGAUAUCUGCAAUAGAAGAAAACUAUUUUCUCUAAUCUGUCAUUUAGAUGUGAGUAAUUCAUAAUUAAAUAAAUGAACUGAACCAGAACAUAUUCAGUGGCCAUUAAAAAUUUUUAUGACUUAACUUUUCCCAGACAUUUCUAGGAGUUAAAAGGUCUGAUGAUAAAGAAAGUUAUUAGCAACUUGUGGACCAUGUCAGUUUCCUCAAUUGUAUCAUCACAUUAUUUAUGAUGGGAGUUAAAUUUUAACAGAUAUUAAUAAUAAAACAGUACCAGCAUCCUCUUUAUGAAACUUGGUUUAUGUGUGUGGCAAUUUAGAUGUUGGUUUCUCUUUCAUCGAGGUAUGGCAUACAUUUAACAUUUUAGUUCAUGUGGAAGCAGUUCAUGAAUACAAGUGGGAUGGGUGUCUCAAUUUCUAUGGUAUUUUUUAGAAGAAUCACAUACUUGUGUUGAUGUCAAUUGUCAUAAGUACAGUAUAUGAUUAACCAACUCGGCUUAUAUUGUCAAUCUCAACAAUAUGACAAGAACAUCUUUGGUUGUUCAAUGGUAAUAUUUUCUACAGGAUAUUUUACAAUUAUGUGUAAUUGUAAAUGUUGCCCCUUAUAUUUUAUUUAGUUUUUGUGAUAUACAUUUGGGUUAAAUAUAGGCAAUUCAUUUAGUCAUUGUAACUAUUCACAUCUCUGUAACUAUACACUGUGUACACAUUUAUUAUAAGCUCACAUAUUUAUGCAAAACACAUCAUAAUAUCAUUACACUGAUAUUCACCUGAGGAAUUCUCAAAUAAGGUCAAGUGUAGCCCAUGUAUCCCAGCACGUGCCUCUUGGAGGUGGAUGAUGCAUGGGGACAUUGAAGGUUAGAUGAGUAGUGUAGGGUAAUGUGGCAGUGAUCGGUUUUGUGGGAAAGGUUCCAAAAAUUAUUUUAUCAUUCUAUCCUUACUCAACUUCAUACUCUCGCCUCACAAUUAUUAUAAUAAUGAUCUCUUGCUCUUCCACUGUGCAUACGUCAUCAAACUCAGUCUCCCACGUUGAUUAAGGUCUUGUUAUUACAAAUUAUAUUGUGUAUGGAGCUAUUUCUUCUUUAAUGUAAUUAAAUUUCAACUGUUAUGUCACACAGUGUCAUAAAACAAGAUACAUGUUUAGCUACUUUUGGCUCCAUUAUUGUGCCUGCCCAGCUCGUCUGUAAGUAACAUGUCACUGCUUUAACCAGUUAUGAGGAAAGAAUAAUGGCUUCUGAAUUACUAUUGAAGAUCUUAUUAGUGUCCCUUUUAUAAUAUAUAACUAGUCACACUGGUAUGGAGUGUUGUGCCAUUUAUCAGCUGAGACACCACCUUGAACAUAGUAUAACCAACACAGGUUCUUGUGGUGCCUUCAGAGGUAAGCUACCCAUAUCAUCUUCCUCUGCUCAUGAAAAAUGUUCCCUUGAUUAAGAACUCAUGCAAACAAAAUUAUGUGAAUAUAAAGUAUGUCAAACAGCA